UCAAUCAUUACUCUGAAGUUCUCACUGAGAUAAAAUAUCUAAAUCAUCAUUCUGUUCAGUCUAUUAAGUAGUCAUGUGUGCUGGGACCUGUGUCUCCAAAGUCACCAGUUUAAUGAUAGUUUUGUUCAUUUGAUCUUAAUAUCUUUAUUAACAUUUGCACAAAAAAUAGUUAUACUAUCUACUGCCACAUACCGUUGACAAGAAAGUUGAGUACUGAGCAUUUUUGCAUUAUUUUAUUUGUUGUUGAUAAUAUUAAAAUACAUGAAGAAAUUCUUUCUCAUAUUUGCAGGUUUAUGUGAAUUCAUUUAUUUUGUCUUUUUCUCAAGAAUCAUGCUAAACCAAAGCUUUGUCACUGAGUUCAUACUUCUGGGACUUUCACAGGACCCAAAAGUUGAGAAAAUAUUGUUUGUUUUCUUUUUGUUUGUCUACCUUUUUACUCUUGGGGGCAACAUGAUAAUUAUGGUAACAAUUGUUUGCAGUCCCACACUCUUUGGUAUCCCCAUGUACUACUUUUUGUCUUUUCUAUCUUUCUUGGAUGCAUGCAUUUCUUCUGUAACGACACCCAAGAUGGUUGUAGACUUCUUCUUUGAGAGGAAGAGCAUCUCCUUUGAAUGUUGCAUGAUACAGCUAUUUGGUGUCCACUUCUUUGCUGGGGCAGAAGUGAUUGUCCUGGCAUCCAUGGCCUAUGACCGCUACGUGGCCAUUUGUAAGCCCCUUCACUAUUCUUCCAUCAUGAACAGGAGGGUGUGUGGCAUUCUGGUGGGAGUAGCCUGGGCAGGAGGCUUCUUGCAUUCUAUCAUACAAAUUAUCUUCACAUUGCAGCUGCCCUUUUGUGGACCCAAUUUUAUUGAUCAUUUCAUAUGUGACUUGUUUCCAUUACUAAAGCUUGCCUGCACUGAAACACAUAUUUUUGUCAUUUUAGUGUUUGCCAACAGUGGGUCUAUCUGCAUCAUCAUUUUUUCUUUAUUGGUUGUUUCUUAUGGUGUCAUCUUGUUCUCUCUGAGAUCUCACAGCUCUGAAGGGCGGCGUAAAGCUCUCUCCACCUGUGGAUCCCACAUUACUGUUGUGCUUUUGUUCUUUGUCCCAUGCAUAUUAAUAUAUGCACGAAAUACUUCUCCAUUAUUAUUGGAGAAAAAUGUUUUUAUAUUUUCUCAUGUCUUGACACCAUUGGUGAAUCCCAUAGUUUACACUUUCAGGAAUAAAGAAAUGAAGAAUGCCUUUGGGAAAAUGUGGAGGAGAGUGUUUAAUUUUCCUGGUAAACAUUAAAUCAUUUAAUUUAUAGGGAUAGGACUAUGGCUCAGUUUGUUCCAGAAGUUGGUGCGUGUUCAUGAGGACCUGAGUUUGGAUCUUGA